UUUCCCCCUAAUUUCGCUAAACCCGCCAAAAACAUAUACUACCAUUAUGUGAGUAGUUUUCUCAUUCCCCAAAAAUAAUACUACUCGAUAGAGCUGAAAAGUUCGCUAAAAAAUACCUUGUUCAUCGCUGAAACCUUGGAUCAACGUGUGUAUUUGAACAAAAAUCCCUUCGCUCAACACUCAUAGCUGGUGUGAAUUUGUUCAGAGCCCUAAAAUCACUGUGUUCAGAGUCCUAAUUGUCGUUCUUAACUGUAUUCAGAGCCCUAAAAUCGCUGUUUACAUGUUUACAAAUAGCCAAAGGCAAGAAGAGCGCACCGGAAAAUAUGGGACUCCAAGGGUGAAGUACCUUCAGGAAUUGGUAACUCAGUUUCAGAAUGCUUCUGCCGAAGAGACAAAAGAGAAGAUUGUUGCUAAUUUGGCAAACUUUGCAUAUGAUCCUUUCAACUUUACCUUUUUGCGCCAGCUUAAUGUUAUUGAACUUUUUCUCGACUGUUUAACUGAGCCUAGUGAGAAGCUUGUGGAAUUUGGGAUUGGAGGAAUCUGCAAUGCUUGUGCUGAUCCAGCUAAUGCUGCUCUUGUCACUCAAAAUGAUGGUAUCCCUCUCGUCAUCCAGUGUUUGUCAAGUCCUGUUAGGAACACGGUGAAUUAUGCUCUAGGAGCAUUGUAUUAUCUAUGCAAUGCAUCAAACAAGGAAGAGAUCUUAAAGCCAGAAGUAAUUGAUGCAAUCAAAAGUUAUGCAGCUGCAGGUGGAGUUAGUACAAGCUUCAGUAAUUUGGCUCAGGCUUUCUUAGAUCAACAUGUUCCUCAGCUUAAUUAAAAUGGAGGAAACCAAAGAUUAUGUUGUAAAAUCAUUUUCUAUCCUAGAUGGUCUAUCGGAAACAAUUUAUUUAUUA